AUGAGCCCCUUAAGUGACUUUGUCCUGACCUCUCUUAUGUCCGCGGUGAGCCGCACAGCCGCCUCCAGACAGAACAGAAACAGACGCAGAAUUCCAGGAGAGUUUCUCCCGACACUUCCUCCGCCUGACGCUCAGCCGUGCGCCGUGUCUUCCUGCGUCUGUCUCUUCGCUCACUUUGGCAGUGCUCCGUGUGAGACCCGCUCAGUCUGCUGGCGGCACCGCGCAGUGAACACUGCUGAAGGCGCGCAGCGUCACGGCAAAGCGCGGGGCGUGUGCCUCACAGAGGAGGUGUCUCUGACUCCACAAGCGCACACCGGCAAGGCUUCUCAAGCAGAGGUGUGCAGGCUGAACAGCGAGUCAUAUCCAGUGCUACAAGCCUGCUUCUCAGAACAAAAUGGCUUAGACUUUGGCAGCACAAUGAUCAAGACAAUGAGGAGACAGACAGUGGAGCAGAGGGAGGGGAAGAGAGGCGGGAGCAGCCUGCAGCCAAUUCAGCACCACGGACAGCGCCUGCACUCGGAUUGA